AGCCGUGACGCGCAUCCUCCGCGCCACCGCCGCGCAUGCCGGGGCGGUGGCGGGACCAUGGCGAGCGACUUCUACCUCCGCUACUACGUGGGGCACAAGGGCAAGUUCGGCCACGAAUUCCUCGAGUUCGAGUUCCGGCCCGACGGGAAGCUGCGCUACGCCAACAACAGCAACUACAAGAACGACGUGAUGAUCCGAAAGGAGGCUUACGUGCAUAAGAGCGUGAUGGAGGAGCUGAAGAGAAUAAUCGAUGACAGCGAAAUCACAAAAGAAGAUGAUGCGCUGUGGCCUCCUCCGGACAGAGUUGGCCGACAGGAGCUUGAAAUAGUGAUUGGUGAUGAGCACAUCUCCUUUACCACAUCAAAAAUCGGUUCACUCAUUGAUGUAAAUCAAUCCAAAGAUCCAGAAGGCUUGAGAGUGUUCUACUACCUGGUCCAGGACCUUAAGUGUCUAGUCUUCAGUCUUAUUGGACUACACUUCAAGAUUAAGCCAAUUUAAAUCAAACAAACUGAAGUUUGUAUUGCAGGGGUGGGGGUGGGGAGGGGGGAGGGAUGGAUGGAUGCUGUUUCAAUUCCUCACUGUUUCUGGCCUGAAGCUUUUAUGUAUGUUAGAAUUUUUUUUUUUUUUACAAACUGUCAGUGACUGUCUUAAUAAAAUGGUGAGAUCUGUA